GGCCGCGAGCGGGCUGGGCGGCGUGGCGGAGCUGGCUGGGCGCCCCCGGCCAAGGUGCGAGCGAACCGCGGCGGGCUCGGGCGCGGAGCGGGGGCGCGCGGCGCGGAGCAGCCCAGCGCAGCCGGGCCCGGAGCCUCGCGGGUAGACACGAGCCGGCGGGCGGCGGCGGCGGCGGGGGUGGUUCUCAGCCCGGCCGGUGCAGGGCCUCCGACCGACCGCGGCCGAGCGGGGCCUGGGCGCGGGCGCCGGGGAAGCCCGCCGCGGCGGGCACAGGAGGAAGCGGCGGCGGCGCGUCCCGAGCCGUGCGCGCCAUGUCGGGCGGGCCCCCCAAGGGCCUGCCGUCCACCGGGCCCCACUCCCUGCUCGACAUGCCGCACCCGCUGGCCGGCUCCAGCAGCGAGGAGGCCGUGGGCGGCGACAGCACGCCCAGCCCGGACCUGCUGAUGGCCCGCAGCUUCGGCGACAAGGAUCUCAUUUUGCCCAACGGUGGUACUCCAGCAGGUACUUCGAGUCCAGCUUCUUCAUCUUCCCUUCUCAACAGACUUCAGCUUGAUGAUGACAUUGAUGGUGAGACCAGAGAUCUCUUUGUCACAGUUGAUGACCCCAAGAAGCAUGUCUGUACCAUGGAGACCUACAUUACGUAUAGGAUCACCACCAAAAGUACACGGGUAGAGUUUGACCUGCCAGAAUAUUCUGUUCGUCGAAGAUACCAGGAUUUUGACUGGCUGAGGAACAAACUGGAGGAAUCCCAGCCGACUCAUCUCAUUCCCCCGCUUCCUGAGAAGUUUGUGGUGAAGGGUGUUGUAGAUCGUUUUUCAGAAGAGUUUGUGGAGACCAGAAGAAAAGCUUUGGAUAAAUUCCUAAAAAGAAUUACAGAUCAUCCUGUGCUCUCUUUCAAUGAACACUUUAAUGUUUUCCUUACUGCUAAGGACCUGAACGCCUACAAGAGGCAGGGGAUGGCAUUGCUGUCUAGAGUGGGCGAGUCCGUCAAGCACGUCACCGGAGGCUACAAGCUGAGGAGUCGACCUCUGGAGUUUGCAGCCAUAGGCGACUACUUAGAUACCUUUGCACUCAAACUGGGAACCAUUGAUCGAAUAGCCCAGCGGAUCAUCAAAGAAGAAAUAGAGUACCUUGUAGAGCUGAGAGAAUACGGGCCUGUGUACUCCACGUGGAGUGCGUUAGAAGGGGAGCUAGCUGAGCCCCUGGAGGGCGUUUCAGCUUGCAUUGGCAACUGCUCAACGGCCUUGGAAGAGCUAACGGAUGACAUGACAGAAGACUUUCUACCUGUGCUCAGGGAAUAUAUUUUAUACUCUGACUCUAUGAAGAGCGUACUGAAGAAGAGGGACCAAGUGCAAGCAGAGUACGAAGCCAAACUAGAAGCUGUGGCCCUGAGGAAGGAAGACCGCCCCAAGGUGCCGGCAGAUGUUGAGAAAUGUCAGGAUCGGAUGGAGUGUUUCAACGCUGAUCUGAAAGCCGACAUGGAGCGGUGGCAGAGCAACAAGAGGCAGGACUUCCGGCAGCUGCUCAUGGGAAUGGCCGACAGGAACAUCCAAUACUACGAGAAGUGCCUCAUGGCAUGGGAGUCGAUUAUUCCACUACUACAGGAGAAACCAGAGGCCAAGUAAGUUCCUUCUUGGGACCGAGACUCUUCUACCUACACAGGGCAUGGCACCCCAUACCAGGACAUCCCUGUAGUGCCAGAGAGGUGGCACUGAGAAAACAGCCACAGAAUCAUCUCUCCUUUGUGUAUUUCUCUCCCUUCCUGCCCCCCACCCACCUUUGUCUGACAGUGGUUCUCCGUUAGUAUUUAUUCCUUGGUGGAGUCUGUAAGGCUAUAAUCAUCUCUCAGUGAAAGAAGCAUACCUCCGUGUUGUGAAGGAGCCCAUUAAAUCUGGAACACUAAGAUCUGCAGCUGAGGGACGAGACAACCCAGCUGACGUUCUGACAUCUCAUUACAGUCUCCUGUUUGGGGACAGCAUGGUUGCCUGCGGUGGAAGAGAGCCCGGUUCUUGCUUUUCCAGGACACGAGGAAGGCGGGCACAGAGGGCAGCUCUCGUUUUCCACAGACACACGGGGACUCUGGAAUUGACCUGUGUGGGCAUCGACUUGUCUCAGCCUAGAAGGGGGUGUUGGCACCUCCACGGAAAGUCCUUAAUGUACAGUGGCCUAUAGCUGUGAGUGUGGCCUGCUGCCUGCUUGUGACGAGUGGCACCUCUUUUGUGGCUUCUGGUUCACAUAGGACCAUUUAUAUCAGCGUCUGUAUGCGUCCGUGCCCAAAUGAGCAAGCCAGUGUCCUUGUCCUCGUGCGAUACCUCGGGGAACCGAGGGGGCAGUGCUCCCCAAACUUGUUUCUGAUACUAGAAUGCAGUAGAUUGGAAACUGUUUUUUGUGUAAAAUGGGGGGGGGGGGAGCAUUUUUCUCUGUGAAGUUCUUCAGUGUUUUUCUUUUGCUUGUUCAGUGUCGUCAGAGCUGAGGCCCGUGGUGGGAAGUCCGUGUUGUCUGAGGUCAGAGUAGCUCCCAGUAACUGGGGUCAGUGGGCAUACACUAGGCCCCAUCUCCACGUCUGCUCUGUGCCGUCUGCCUUUACCUCACCCAGAACUCCCAAUUUAGUGUCUCCUACCACGUCCACGGAGUGUUUGGGCGGCCUUUUGUUGAGAGGCUGGUGUGCUGUAGUGACACAGUGGAGGUUCUGGGAACUCCGUGUGCAUGUUCCAUAUGAAGUGCUUUAACCCUCAAUAGUCCCUGGUCGGAAAGAAAAGUCGGUACCUGGAUGGGCCUCGAAGAUGACAAGUGCUAACAGCGAGCCCUUUGCUUCUCGAUAAGCUAAAACCUCUUCAACUUGUAGCCACGUUCCCCAGUGACCACUGGCUGCAUCUCAAGUCUUCAAACCGACACGAAACCGACGAAGAGGAUCUAUCUUCCAACUCCUUUUCUUUCCUCCUGAAGUGAAGCUACCUAUGCCACAUUUGCGCUCUCCCGUCUGUGGCUCAUCUCCCCGUAAAAUGAUCAACCUGAGCCUCAAAGAGGCAGUUAGUCUUCUUGUCGCGACGCAGCCAGGCCGAAGCGCUGGCGCACACGCGGGUUGUAACCUGCAGGUACCCGGCCGCGUGCAGCGUGUCGAGGUUCCUCCACCCCCUCGCGCCUGCGGCGUUGACCUUGGGUGGCCACUGCCGUGAUGCCAGGGGUGCAGCACUAGGCCAGCGCAGAACAGUUCGGCUCUGUUUCAUUCAUGUUUUGAGGAAGUCACGGUUUCAGUUAGAACUUUUGUAUCCGUCGGUACUUGCCUACACCGUCAGACCCCCUCACGCCGUUCUAAAAUCCUGCGAUGUGAAUUUUUGUUUGGUACAAUUAGAAGUGAUUCAUCAAAGCAGAAGGGUAAGGACAGGCCAUCUAGCCCGAGUGGUGAGUCCGUGUUUCAUGCUACCUCUAAGCCAUCACGUUGGUGCGGGUAUGGAUGAUGGACGUCUGGGUCCAAGCUGACAGCUUGCUGGUAGAACAGGGUGUAUAUCCACUAACGGGUUGACGGCCCUCUCUUGAUAUUUUGUGGAAGGCACUAGACUGACCCAGCAGCGAGCGCUCAUCUGCAGGAACGUGCGAAGCCUUGCCUUGUGGAAUGCGUGCUUUAAAAACGUUGUCCGGUGUCAUGAGUGCUUGGAAAGAAUCGUGGAGAGAGUUGAUGGGAAGACCAGGAUCUCAUCUGCCGCUAGUUGCCAAAGCCCAGGAGCAUUCCCGUGGAAAGUUUAGUUGGAAAAGAAGGCAACCCUUCAAAACAGUCAUGGGGCUCCUCUCUGGGACAUACGGGAAGGGAGUGGAGGGGGGACGCAGUCGUUCCUUACGUUAUUGGAGGCAGAAGACUAGCUCGGAGGGGACUCGGGCAUCUUGCGGCUUGUCUUUCUCCAUUUGUUUGCCAUGUGAUGUUUCUGUGCUUUAAGACACCGGGGAGAGCUGGGACACUGACGCCAGAGCUGGGAGAACCAAAAUAUGUUCCAGGCUCCCCUGGAGAAAUGGUCUUGCCCGAGAAGGGACGCUUGCCCCUUCCUUCAGGCUGGCGGCAGAUGAGGUGAGGAGGCCCAGGAAGAAGGGACGGUAGGCAGUGAAGGAGGCUCCCCAGGCCUCCCCGACCCGCACGGCUCGUCCAGCCUCUGCGGGUCAGGAGUCCCAGGCAUUUGCCCUUUCAUCUCUGUGAGCAUGAAGGGGAUUCCCUGUGAGAAGUGUGACCGGAGACUUCUGUGCCAAAGACUGCCUCGUAGAGGCUUCGUCACCCCGUCCUUCUUGGCUCCACAAAGUCGUGGUGCUGAGAUCACUGCCUCCUCUCUCAUAGUUGUGUCCCAGGAGGCUUUUGCUUGGGGACACGCUUGACCUCAGGCAGACAGACUUGGACAGGUUUUGAGUCUUGGGCACAUGGCAGCAGAAUGCAGAGUGACGCCUAUCAACUGCCUCUCGGGUGCGGGAAGUGAAGGGUUCAUUCACCCAGGUUAAAAAUCCAGGCUAAGGCAGAAGAGGAGAGAAUUCCUAGAAACUGAGCAGAUUUUAGAGAUGCACUUGAUGCUGAAGGGAGCAUUUGUGCUUUGUGGCAGAUAUGGACACUGCGGUCUUCCUUAUCAUGUGGUGGAUCCACAAGGGGAUUCUAGGCUACUCUGCCCAAAGCCAAAACACCUCUGUUCUUCCUGAAGGAGGAGGGAACACGUUUCACAGCCAGGUUUGGGGUUGGGUUUUGUCCUUUAAUAAGACUUACUAAUGAUUCCCAGUGACCUCAGAUAAGUGCAAUUAUGGAGAUGAUUGGCUCGUAUUUCACUGUGCUGCUCGUUGAACUCACCAGUCACCUUCCUUUAGGUGAAACAACAAAAGCCAGUACGACUCCGGGGGUCGUGGUGAAUGUAACGUUAAGUUUGUCUUCAUGCCAAAUUUCAGCCACACCUGGAGCGUGUUCUACAUGUUGUCGAAUUAAAUGUUUUACCAGUCGCCAUCCACACGAGGGAUUUAAAUGCACGCUUGCUGCUCAUUUCUCGUGAGGCCACCUUUGUUUUGAAGUGACAGGAAGUCCUGCUUUAGAGGAGGGCAUGGUGACCUGACUGCCUGUCUGCAAGUGGAGUGUGUCUCUUGGGCCCGUAGGUGUCAGCCUGGGACACACCCAGGGUCCGAGUGACUUGGCCCUGCCGUCAAGAGCAUUGACAUCGCGGGCCCCUGGCUUUGUUUUCAUGCCAUUCAUUACACUGCAGAGUAGUCCUUCUCUACCCUCUGCCCUGAGACAGGCAGGAGAGAGACAUCGCCACAGCCUCCCGGGCCCAUGUGGGCCUUGUCUGUUUGGAUGUCGGGAUGGGGUGACCUGGCCUCUCCUCGGGCUGCGCUGAAGGGUGCUCCCACUCAGGAGAGGCUGCCUGUGGUCAGGGCAGGGCACAGCAAGCCUGCGGCCCACUUCCUGGAUGCCUACUGUCAAAGGCCCGUGGAAACU